AAUCGGUCUCCCUGUUCGAGUCUCCAUCAGCUCCAAUAAAACGUUUAUCGAUCAGCUCUGACAGACAUGUGACGUGCGGAGACCGGCCGUGACGCGUUCUGCGCAGGCGCGGCUCCUCCGUCCGAGCCUCCGGUUAGUUUCAAAGAAGAGCAGCAGAGCGACACCAUGAACCAAGUGGAUUCUGUCCAACAGCAGCGGACUGGAAGUGUGUGUUUGGAGGAAAAAGUCCAGAGUAAACGCCUCCAUCAGCCGCAGGACGUCGUUCUGAAGCAAACCGCCGAUGUCCAGCAGCUGUUGGUGAUUAAAGAAGAAAUUCCUGAUGAAUGGAGCCCUGAUUUGGACCAACAGAACCCAGAGACCCUCCACAUAAAGGAGGAACAGGAGGAACUGUGGACCAGCCAGGAGGAGACUGAUAGGUUAACAUUCACCGCUGUUCCUGUGAAGAGUGAAGAUGAUGAGGAGAAACCUCAGUCCUCACAGCUUCAUCACAUCCAAUAUCAGGCAGAAUCUCCAACUAGCAAUUCAGCUCAGCCAAUAAAAAGAGAAAGUGAUGGAGAGAACUGUGCAGGACCAGAACCAGAUGAAAAACCUGACACAAACAGUCAUAUACAACCAAAUACUGAUGGAAAAUCUACAGACUCUUCAGAGAUUAUUGAUAAUGAUGAUGAGGAAGAGGAGCUGGAGGAUGAUGAUUGGCAGGAACCUUUGUCAUAUUUUGGACCUGAAACUGAAGAUGGUGACAUUGGGGCAUUUCGGUCAGGUUUGAAUGCCGAAGUGGGAUCUAACAUUGACAAAAAACCCUUUAGCUGCUGUGAGUGUGGUAAACAAUUCCUCCACAAGCGUUCUCUUUGGAGACACAUGAAAUAUCGUUCGGGAAAAACCUUGUCUGGCUGUUCAGUUUAUAAGAAAUGUUUGGAAGAGAGGCAAAAUGCUGAUUCAUACAUCAGAGAUCACACAGGAAAGAAACUUUAUGAGUGUGAUUUCUGUGGACAACGAUUUACACGGCAAUAUAAUCUGAACAGACACAAAAGAGUCCACACGGGAGAGAAACCAUUUUUUUGUCAAGUUUGUAGUAAAACAUUUUCGCGACCGGAGGAUCUGAAGCCUCAUAUGCGAGCCCACACAGGAGAGAAACCAUUCAAAUGUACCGUUUGUGACAAAGGAUUUAGCCACAAAUUCCACAUGAAGAGACACAUGAGCGUCCACUCAGGAGAGAAAACAGUUGAUGGUAGUGAAAAAUUUACAUCUGAGGAAAGUCUGGAGAGACACGUGGAUGUUAUUGCUCUGUCACUUGACUCCCCUCCAGCUACAGCUAAGCCAGAAGAAAAUCUGGAGACUGAAUGCCCUAGUUCCCUUCAGUCAGAGGAUAGUAUCAAUCAAACAGCUGUGUUGCCUGCAGAUGUCCAGCAGCUGUUGGUGGUUAAAGAGGAAGUUUUCCAUGAGUGUGGCCCCAGUCUGGACCAGGAGGACCCAGAUACCCUCCACAUAAAGGAGGAACAGGAUGAACUGUGGACCAGUCAAGAGGGAGAGCAGCUUAAUGGGCAGGAGGAGACUGAUAUCUCUGGGGUCCCAUUCACUGCUGUACGUGUGAAGAGUGAAGAUGAUAAUGAUGAUGAGAAACCUCAGUCCUCACAGCUUCAUCAGAGCCAAUGUGAAAACAACAAAGAGAAAGAGCCUCCAACUAGCAGCUCAGCUAAACUGAUGAAAACAGAAAGUUAUGGAGAGGACUGUAGAGGACCAGAACCAACCAGGAGCACAGAACCAAACACUGAUGAAAAGGACUCUUCUGAGACUGAAGUCAGUGAUGAUGAUGACGACGACGACGACGACGACGACAAAAAUGGUGAUGAGGAUGAUGCGCAGGAACUUUUAUCAGAUUUUGGACUUGCAACUGAGGACAAUGAAAAUAGUGACUGGACACCUGAGACUGGUGCAAAUACUUUGAAGUCUCUUAAAAACAAGCGGUCUCUUGAGAGACAUGGGCCAUGUUUAGUUAAGAAGAAAUGUUUCCUAGUAAAGCAAAACAUAGAUUCAUUGAUGAAAAACCACACAGGAGAGAAUUCUUUUGACUGUGAUGUUUUUGUAAAACAAAUUAGAUGCCAGUAUAGUUUUAAAUCACACAUCAGAAAUCAUACAGCCAAGAAACAGUUUGUUUGUGGUAUUUGUAGUGAAACCUUUACACAACAGAAAAACCUGAAGCGACACAUAAGAGUUCACACAGGCGAGAAACCAUACAGUUGUCAUGUUUGUGCUAAAAGAUUUACACAACAAGGGGUUCUGACGAGACAUUUGAGAGUCCAUUCAGGAGAGAAGCCAUUUGGUUGUGAUUUUUGUGGGAAAAGAUUUACUCAGCAGGGGGUUGUGAAGAGACAUAUGAGGGUCCACACUGGAGAGAAACCAUACAGUUGUGAUCUGUGUGGGAAAAAUUUUGUGCAUCACCAUGAUCUCAAGAUACACAUCAGAGCUCACUCAGGAGAGAAACAGUUCAAUUGUGGUGUUUGUGGAACAAAAUUUACUCAACAUGGAAGUUUGAAGAGACACAUGAGAAUCCACACAGGAGAGAAACCAUUUGUUUGUAAUAUUUGUGGUAAAACAUUUACACAACAAGGGAGUUUGAAUAGACACUUACGAAAUCACACAGGGGCAGAAGCUGUGCAUGUGACCACAGCUUGAUCAUUCGAGAAUGAAUCUGUCACUGAAGUCAGAAUUUUAUGAAAAAUUGAAAGGAAUUUGUCUCUUUAUUGUUUGUCAGUUAAUGACUUUGUAUAUCAUAAUUGAAUACCUGUUGCCGUGCAAUAUGUCCUGUAAUGAAAAAUAAAUAAUACUUAUAUUACAACCUUCAAAGAAGAAUUGCACAGUUCUGUACAAGCACCAAACCAAAAAAGCUCGUUUAUUCAUGUUGAAUCAUAUAUGUGUACAUGCUGCAUUUUUACAUUACAAUGGGAAAAGUUAAUGUUUGUUUCUUUGUUUUGUGUUCACUUGCCAGAUGUUAGCAGGGCCCACUUUCCACCCACUAUGUGGUGGACUAUGUGUUGACAUUUGAAAUGCAUCUUGAAACCAUGAAGACACCUGUCUUAUCAAUUCAA